AUGCCUACAGCAACGAAAACAUUGAUGUUCUUAUCCAGCUUUGUCACAAGCUUGGGGACUUUCAUCGUAAUUUGCUCUAUUCUCGCCACUCAAGAGUGGAUCCGCAGUACAAUUGCCAUUCGUGACUCUUCUUCGAAUGGUAGCGUGAUCCUCACCUACGGACUCUUUCAUGGGAAGAGUAUUCAAGAAUUGAAUCAUGGAAUUGCAGAAUCAGACAAAAAUUUUGAAGUUUUAGGGAUACUGAACAAUUCUUCCCAAAAGACUCUGCACUCAGUGGUCAUCCUCUUCCUGGCCCUCAGUUUGUCCGCGUCGCUGCUGAGCUCUGGGUUUACCUUCUACAACAGCGUCAGCAACCCUUAUCAGACCUUCUUGGGACCAAUGGGGGUGUACACCUGGAGCGGGCUCAGCGCAUCCUUCAUCUUCAUAACCAUCGUGCUCUUUGUGGGGAACACACAAUCCAACCACCUCUCGGAAGAGCUGGCCCAGAGGCUCUACCCACUGUAUCCAGCAGCCACUCACCAAGGAACCUCCCACAGUUACGGAUACUCAUUCUGGCUCUCCCUGCUCGUCAUUUUUCUAAACGUAGUGACCUCGGUCAUCAUCAUCUUCUACCAGAAGGCCAGGUACAAGCGGAAGCAGGAGCACAAAAAGCCCAUGGAAUAUGCCCCGAGGGAUGGAAUUUUGUUCUGAGCUCUGUAUCCGCAUUUGGCGGGUAGGUCUGUUCUGUCAUACGCCAGCUCCCCGAGCAGUAACUGGCUGGCUUGCCUGGAUAAUCAGCAGGUGAAGUGCAGCCCUGUUUGACUGUCAUUCUGUGACAGUUUUUGUAACUCAUGACACUAUGUUCUUCAUAAAUGAUGUACCCUUGAGAAAGGAUUCUUCCCGCAAGGGCGGGGAAGAUGAAAAGGAAAGCUCUCCAGUCUGUGUAGUGUUCAAAGCAGUAGAAUGACUGUGAGCCUAUGGGCCCUUCUGACCUGGU